GAUGUGAAAAAGGAAAAAGUCAUUACUCUCCCUAUUCUCCAAAAGAGAAACUACUCUGUCUUUCUUUCUUCUUGUUUUUAAGAUUAACUUCCUUGAAGUUUUGUUUUUCACAUUUCGUUGAAGCUUUUGUUAGGUUCACAUUUCCUUGAAGCUUUGUUUUUCACAUUUCGUUGAAGCUCUGUUUUUCCUUGAAGCUUUGUUUUUCACAUGGGUGCUAAGCAAAAGGGUGGACCAAGCACUAGCAGUGGUAGAAUGCAGGAGUCACAUUCUCCUCCAAUGCAUUUCUUUAAGGCAAUAAUUACGUCUACCAUUCGAAACCAAAAACUGAAACUCCCAAGAAAGUUUAGUAGAAAGUUUGGUAAUGAACUGUCUGCCAUUGCUACCAUAACAGUUCCCAAUGGCCGAAUUUGGAAACUGGGCUUGCAGAAAAUUGGGGGGAGAAUCGUGUUUGUUGAUGGUUGGCAGGAAUUUGUGGAGUAUCAUUCUAUUGAUUCAGGCUACUUUCUUGUAUUUAGAUACGAUGGAUUUUCGAAAUUCCAUGUUCGUAUACUUGAUAAAAGUGCUACUGAGAUUGAUUACCCAUGGAAUGCUCCAAGCAGUGAUGUGGAGCCUCAUUCUGACGAGGAGUCUCCAGAGGAUCAUGAUCAAGAUGAUGAAGAUGAUGACGAUGACGAUGUUGAAAUUAUAGAUAACAAGAUGUUUGCUAGUACACAUCUCUGUAGACGUCAAAUGUCUAUGAAAAAUAAGAGGGCAAUCCGCGCCGCCACAAGUUGCAAAUAUGCACAUCCUUCUUUCAUUGUUCUGUUGCCCGGUCAUAAAAAGAAUCUGCAUGUGCCUAUGGGAUUUGUGAUGAAGUACAUGCAGGGCUGUUCGCAAGUUAUAACACUUGAGACGUGCAAUGGGAAAAAGUGGCAAGUUACUUUCAGUUUGAAAGAGCGCAGAACUACCAACAAGAUUAGAAUAUCCAAAGGUUGGCGUGGAUUUUUGAGGGACAACAAUUUGGGGGCAGGUGAUGUCUGUGUUUUUGAGCUGAUCAAGAAAAAGGCAACUCUUCUAAAAGUUUCAAUAUAUUAUGCUGAUCCAGAGAAGAAAUGCUCAAAGUAAUUUAAUUAAGUUUGAACUAUAUGGCAAAAGGACUAGUUAAGCUAGAUAUCUAAAUCUCUUUUCUCUUUCUUUUAAGUGUUUUUGUUUAUUGAUAUGCCCACCCAAGUCGCCCUUGACAUAGCAUAUUAUAAUUGUUAUUAAUCCUGAUGGUUUUGAACUUUUAGUUACUUACUUAUGUAUGGUUGGUUGGGCCAGCUGAAUCACCAAGGAGACCAGUUUAAUCAGGUCUCUACUUUGUGACUGAUUUGUUUGAAGUGAUUUAAGCUUUUCAUGUAUACUUUAAAGACACUUAUGAUUUAUAGAUUAACAACUAAUUGUUUUUGUGA